AUGCGAGACACACACACGCACACGCACUUCUGUGGCAACGCAGAGUCACAGACCUCCCUCCCUCCCUCCCUCCCUCCCUCCCUCCCUCCCUCCUCCUCUUCUCUCUUCCGCAUGUCCGAGCUCGCUGAGUACUCGCGGUUGAUCCAGAAGUUCGACACCUGCCGAACGGCCUUCAUGAUGUGUCGUGGGCAGGAAGACGUGGAGCCACACACCCGAGACUUCCACAACGCCUUUCAAGUGGCAAAGGCGAUGGCCGCCGUACAUCAACUUUUAGGCCCGGAGUGGUCGGUGUUUGUCGCCACGGGGCCGUACUCCUCACAAGACACCCGCCACGCCGACCACGACGUCCAGCUGCCAGAAGACGCUAUCAUUGCUGAGAACGUGCAGACCUCUAUGCUGGUGCCAGAGGUGCAGCUGUACAUCCUCGGUGACGCCGAGCGUGGCAUUUCACCUGUGCAGCAGGUUAUUAUCUGGGGCUGUGAGACGUACGGCUGCGUGUUGCAGACCUCGGAUGAGCUUCUCGCGCACGGCAUCCGCGUCGCCGUCCUCGUUGAUGGCUGCACCUCACGUAUUGCGGAGAUGCACGAUACGGCUAUUUUGCAGAUGUCUCACUGGGACGGCUUGAUGGUCACGACCGCGCCAUCUGCGAUAAUGCAGCUGACGCGAUCCGAUGCGCGCUUUGUCAAGCCAAUCAUUCAAAUCCUAAAGACGUUUGCCGCAGACUGGAGCACCACACAGCCACUUCCGGAGUUGAGCAGCCAGAGAGUGGGAGGAGGUGAUGGCGAUCCGGCCACCGCUGUCAGCGAUGCGACAGCUGCCUCGCCUGUGUCUGCCGUCACCACGGCAGGAGAUGCUGCAACGAAGAGAAAUUCUGCUUACUCCGGAAAGGGUUACUGA